AUGUUGGUUUUAUUAGCAUUUUCAGUUUUGGCUAUGACUGUUUAUGGAAAUGUAAGUUUUGAAAAUCGACAGCGCAAGAUUUGAAAAAUAUUUUUUUAGGAAGACAAAAGAUUUUCAAGAUUCGAUACUGUGGCAGGAAUGGGUCUUGGAAAAAGAUCAGCUGGAUUGCAGGCUUUUGAUUCUCUUGGAGGAAUGGGUUAGUUUUUUGGUCACCUAUGAAUGGGGCAUUUCAAUGCAACCAACAUUUGGGAUCCGUUGAAGAAUUUUAAUUAGAAAUUGCCGAUUUUAGGGUACUGUAGGUUGAAAAUUGACAAUUCAAAAACUUUUCCAUGAUUUUUCGAUUAUCAAAAAAUAAAACGCGGCCGCGUUACUGUAGAUUUUUCAGUUUUCCGGGUUGUACAAUUUUAUUUAAUUUUUAAACCAUUUCUUUCUCUUUUUAAAUUACGCAAGUUAUCUUCUGUAGUUAUUCUACAGUAAACCAAGUAAACCAGAAAAAUCAUUGGAAUACUACAGCCAUAUUUCUUAAUAAAAAGUUUGUCUAUUUUUAGAGUUUAAACGUUUAAAAUUUUGGGAACUGUUAUUUUUAUUAUGAGAAUUUCAAUUUGAUUAUUUGAUUUUCUGAUACAUUUUCGUUCUAAAAAUAAACUACGCUAUCCUCAUAAUUUCGUGGUUUCUCAAAUCUGAAAACAAACAGUACAUCGAUUUUUGAAAUUCUUCCUAACUAUUAGCACAAUUUUUGAAACAGUAGAUUUAACGAAACUCAGUUGAUUAUGUUUUUUUUUCUGAAAAAUUACUAUUGAACAAUAGCGAAGUUUUAUGUUUAAAAUUAUACAUAAAAAUAUUUUGAACCCGUGAAAUUUUUUUAUAGAUUUUUUAAAAUGUGAAUUACAGUGGUAACACAGAUUUCGUUCAAAAUUUAGAUUUCAUGAUUUUUCAGAAAUUCAAUAUUUAUCAAAUAUUUUUAUUUUUUCGAAAUUUUUCACAUUUCAAAUAAAUAUAAAAUUUGAAACAGUGAAAUAUUUGCAGGCCUCGGCAAGCGAUCUUCAUCUUCCGCCAACACAUUUCAAUAUUCUGGCUUCGAUACACUUGGAGGAAUGGGAUUAGGAAAACGGUCAGCAGAAGAGGGUAAGAAGCCAAAUGAUGUUGAAAAUCUCUGACUAAAUUGUAUAUUUUUUUUUCAGAAAAACGUUCCUAUCCACAAUAUUCCGGUUAUGAUUCUUUAGGUGGAAUGGCUUUGGGUAAACGUUCAGCAGGUUCAAAUUCGAUUAAAAAUGAGGAAAAUGUGAAUGUUGGUGAUAAACGUGCCUCUUUUGGUAAUUUUGAUUCAUUGGCUGGAAUGGGACUUGGAAAACGAAAUGGAAACAUGCAAUUGUAUUAUCGUUAUGUUUAG